CAAAAUGAUCAAAUACAUAUUAUAAUAAUCCUUUUCUUCUGUGUCUCUCUUCUCCAGGUGACGUUCAUGCAUUUUAAACUCAUCUACAAGUGAGAAGAGGGUGUCGGAGUUGAAGUCUCUUAUUCCUAAUGAUGUCUUCCAUGCGAGCAACGCCUCCCUUCCACCCAGCAUCUGAGGAAGAGGAAGCGAUGGGUCAGGACAACCCGGCCUGGGCGAGCGAGGAGAGAGAGGGCCCGAAGGAGCCGCCGACCCCCCCCUCACACGACAGACCCCACCCGGACGAGCUGCAGCCAAUCAGGGAGAAGCUGACGGAUGCUGAGUGGGAGAACGUGGUGCCCGCUGCGAUGGACAUUGAAAGCAGUAAAGGCUGCUCAGUCUACUCGUACCGGACUAACUCUACCUCUCCACCGAAGCCAGAGGAUCCGAUGAUCUGCCUCGCCUUCGGGACGCCGGAGCGCCGCAAGGGAAGCCUGGCCGACGUGGUGGACACUCUGAAGCAGAAGAAACUGGUGGAGCUGACCAAGACCGAGCAAGACGGUAGGCUAACGUCUUCAGCUCAGUGUAUGUGUGUGUGUGUGUGUGUGUGUGUGUGUGUGUGUGUGUGUGUGUGUGUUUUUGAACUGUGAUGCCUCCAAGGAAAAUUGGGGGCCCAACACAGAAUUUCAACACCGCCCGACUUAACAUUCACACAGUUCAGACCUGGAGGCUGUGACGUCUCGCCACUCUUCAACUUAGAAACAUCACUGAAGUGUUUGGCUGCUGUCAUUUAAAAUGCCUUUUGACUCCAAUAUGUGUACUUCAGACGGUUGAAGAAAAAAUAGUUUUGGAUUCAUGUUGAAUGAAAAAUGUUUGCGAGAACAUAUUUUAUUAUCCCAUAUAGAUUUGGGGAAAUAUUGUAUAAACACAUAUCAUAUUAAAGGGGCCCUCUUAUGCUUUCCCUGUAGUGUGUUAUAGAGGUUUUUGUGCAUGUAGGUCUGCAAAGGCUAAAAUACCCUAAUGCAUGGUUAGACAAUAAGAUAGGGCCUUUUGAAAAGCAGCACAUAAACAUAAUCACACAGAGAACGAGGCACGCUAGUUCAUUCCCUCACAUGAUAGACAGGAUGCCGUUGUCUCUCUUCUAAUCUUCACUUACACACCAGAAAAGCCUACCUGUAUUUUGUUUUCCCUUUCUGAAACAUCCUCUCCAGUGGAUCUUUGAUCAUCUAGAUUACACCUGACAGAUCCUCUGCUCGUUAGAUCACAAUAUCAAUCAGUGAAAACACAGGUUUCCCUUUCUCCUGCGCUCCUCUGAUCUGCACCUCUCACUCAGGGAAGUCUCCCAGCAUGCCUCAGCACGCUGCUACUCACAGAUCUAACACCACCUAACAGCCCUCUUUACUGUUAUGUGCACAUAGUAAUCAUGAUGAUAUCAGAGGAGUGCUUUAUCUCUCUCAUUUAAAGGGUUUACUUUGUUAUUGAUACAGUGAAGUGGGCCAGAAUGGGACAGCCAGAGGCGGAAUACACUGCAGUCUUUAGUUGAAAGACAGGUAGCUCUGCCUCUUAUAAGUACGGAAACUGGAUUGAAAGAAACAACUUGUGUGUGUGUGUGUGUUCAGAA